AGACCUGAUGCACCAUGCGAUGAGCCAAAACUCAUUGUUUGGGUGUUCGACUGCAGGCCACAGCGGAAUCAAUCAACUAGGAGGCGUCUACGUCAACGGUCGACCUCUUCCCGACUCCACCAGACAGAAAAUCGUGGAACUAGCCCACUCCGGAGCUCGCCCAUGUGAUAUUUCUAGAAUACUCCAGGUCUCCAACGGCUGCGUAUCGAAAAUCCUCGGCAGGUAUUAUGAGACUGGGUCCAUUAAGCCUAGAGCUAUUGGUGGAUCGAAACCUAGGGUAGCGACGACGCCGGUGGUGAACAAGAUUGCGGAGUUUAAAAGGGAGUGUCCUUCGAUUUUUGCGUGGGAAAUCAGGGAUAGGCUGCUUAGCGAGGGUGUGUGCAAUAACGACAAUAUACCUAGCGUGUCGUCAAUAAAUCGAGUGCUGAGAAAUUUGGCGUCGCAGAAGGAACAGCAGGCGUCCGCACAAAAUGAAUCAGUGUAUGACAAAUUAAGGAUGUUCAACGGGCAAACGCCGGGCUGGGCCUGGUAUCCGGGAACCCCCACGGCACCCCCACUUGGCCUCCCUCCAGCACCCACCGCGCUCACUAGUCAAAUAUCCAGGGAUGAUUUACAGAAGAGGGCUGACGUAAUGCACGAGAACACGUCUGACGGAAAUUCCGAACAUAAUUCUUCGGGUGAUGAAGACUCCCAGCUAAGGUUGAGACUGAAAAGGAAACUACAGAGGAAUAGAACGUCGUUUACCAAUGAACAAAUCGAUAGUUUAGAAAAGGAAUUUGAGCGGACGCAUUAUCCAGAUGUUUUCGCAAGGGAACGACUAGCGGAGAAAAUCGGAUUGCCAGAGGCACGUAUCCAGGUCUGGUUCAGCAACCGACGGGCGAAAUGGAGGCGAGAAGAAAAAUUACGAAAUCAACGUCGAUCUGUCGAUCACGUCGGAGCUGUCAGCCCCCCGGCGUCGGCCCCCCGCUUGCCAAUCAAUUCCGGCUUCAAUUCCAUGUAUUCGUCGAUACCGCAGCCCAUUGCGACUAUGGCCGACACCUACAGUUCAAUGCAGAGUGGCCUCUCAUCGAGCUGUCUUCAGCAAAGAGAGGCGACAGGUUACCCCUACAUGUUCCACGAUCCCCUGCAUUCGUUGAGUUCUUCCUACAACCCGAGGAGUUGUAACCCGGCUGUAGCACACGCGCAACCUACAACGCACCAUCCCUCGUAUGGAAGUAAUGCACCUUCUUCGGUACCUCCAUCAACUGGAACAGGUGUGAUAUCAGCUGGCGUGUCGGUCCCAGUACAAAUCCCCAGCCAAUCCACGACGGACAUCGCCUCCAGCUACUGGCCCCGAAUUCAGUGAUCUCAACUCUUCGGUUUUCCUCCGCCGAGCCUGCUCGUGCCCCAGGAAAACCCGGCCCUGCAAGCCACCCUCACGCCCCCUAUUGUCGCUUCGACCUCACCUGAAGAAUCUUCAUAAGCGACGACAGCGCCGCGUGCAGAGGGAUUUCCCGCAACUUCGGCGAGUGCAGGUAACUGGUAUCGCUGUUCCGAGAUUUGGAGAGUUUUUCCGAGGAGACAACUUCGCCAGCCGGACUGCAGGGUACACUGUGAAUGUUUUGUGUAGAAAGCGGGACUUUUCAAAUGUUCUGGAGUAUUGAACGGUAUUUAUGACAUCAGGUUCGGACGAAAUUUAAACUUAAACGUUUUUGGUGCAUCUGGAGGGAAUUAAGAAACUUGUGGUAACCAGCUUGAGUAAGUCCAAGUUAAAUUUGUUUCGGAAAACAAAAUAGUCAUCAAUUUUAUUUGAGUAUUUAAAAAUAUUCUACAGAUCGUUUAUGUGGAUGAAAUGUUUUGUCCAAGGGUCUAGCAGGUUAAGAUAUUGCAAAAUGUCCCCAAUGAUAAUCCAGAAAUAAAAAUACCUACCAAGUUAUUUUACAUCAAAAAGUAUUCUGCGAAAAAAAUACCCUUUUAGACCCCAGCUCCCUCAUUACACUCCAAAAAAUUUAGACGAGUUUUUUCGCUUUUUGGUAAUAUAGUCGUUUCUAAUAAUCGCAAAAACUUCUGUUUUCUUUACUUUUGUAUUUACUUCCUGUGGUAUUUCUUAAAAAAAAAUGGCGCGAUAAUUAAUUUUUUUUUAUUUUGAAAAUUUUAAAAUUUGUUUAAACAAAAAUUGGGCCGAACGUAGUGCUAAAAAAUAUAUUAUUUUUUGACUUUGAUUAUUAUAUUUUAUCAAAAAUUGGAGUUUUCAAAGUGUGUUUAGAAAACCUGAGCCGAACGUAACGCCGAAAAAAACAUUUAAUUGAAAUAUUGGAAAAUAUUUUUUUUUUCAUUUUAUUAUUUUUGUUCGUUCUAACAUAUCAAAAACUAUUGUUUAUAUUAUCUUCUUCUGCACGUACCAUAUCAAGAUUAUCCGACGUUGGCGGUCACCAUUGCGAAGGCUUCUCGAUCUUCUGUAAUAUUCAAUAAUUGUCUGCAUUUGAUAUCUGAGUUCAUUCACGAAUGUUUUUUAACCAAGAAAUUUGUUUUCUCACUAUGUGUCCCAGAUCAGACUUUUCCGGUAUUUACCAGUCUUUAGCAGUUCUCUAUCUUUGUUGACCCUCCUUAGUAUUUCUUGAUUAGUUUUUCUUGCUGUCAAAGGUAUCUUCAGCAUCCGUCUAUGAAUCCACAUUUCCAAUGCAUCAAUUAUGUUUCUGAUCAAUACUUUUAGCGUCCACAAUUCUGCACCAUACAUAAGUACAGACCAAAUAUAGCACUUAACCAUUCUUUAUCUUAGUUCUAAACUGAUAUAACUAUGUAUUGCAAAGAAAUAACUUCAUUUUCAUAAAAGUAGUUUGAGUCAUUGCUAUUCUACGUUUUCUUUCUAUGUCUGGAUCUACUCUUAAUUCACAAUCAAGAUGCAGUAGAAAUAAACAAACCAAGACACGUUAAAUAUUACUAGGAGCACUCCCAAAUAAUGAUUUAAAAUGUAUGUACAUUGUUAAUCCCAAAUUAUUAUUUACAAAUUUUAUACAUUGUAAAUUAUGAUUCGGGAGUGCUCCUUGUAACAUUUAUCGUGUCCUGGUUUGUUUAUUUCUACUGCAUCUUGAUUGUGAAUUUAGAGUAGUUGGUCCGAUAUCACGGGUCUAGGACGUUUCAUCGCCGCCGUUUCGAUGCCGCCAGUUCGAUGCCGAUGCCGGCCGAUUCAUCGCCAGUCAAUUAAUCGCUAUCUGAUAUAUUUCCGAAUUUUCGACAGUUACAAUUAUUAGUUAUUUUUAGUACUAAUUAGGAAUUCUAGGAAAUGCGAGAUAUGACGGCGAUGAAAUGGACUGGCGAUGAACCGGCGGCAUCGAAACGGCCGGCGAUGAACCGGCGGCAUCGAAACGUCCCAUUCCGGAUAUCACAGUUCAUAAAUAUGUCACGACUAAAAACUAAAAAUUUGGUUUUGUUUGAGUUUAUUUUAAUGCCCAUUUCCUCGCCUACCUUGUGAAUACGAUCAAGCAGAAUUUGGAGACCUUCAAUAUUAUCUGACAGAAUUACUGUGUCGUCCGCGUAUAUAAUCACAUUAAGUAGUUCCCUGUUGAUUUAUAAUCCAUAUGACUGUCUCUCAAGUGCCUUUAUAAAUAACUGGUCCGAGUAAACAUUGAACAAUGUUGGCGACAAAAUGCAACCUUGUCUGAGUCCUCGUUGUAUGGAGAUUUCGUCGGUAUAGUUAUCUCCAAUUUUUACGAUAGCAAUUUGAUUCCAGUACAAAUUUUUAAUGACACGAAUAUCUUUGUCAUCUAUUCCUAUAUUUUUCAGCAUUUGCAUUAAUUUGGCAUGCUGUACUUUAUCGAAUGCCUUUUCGAAGUCAACGAAACAUGCACAUACAUAUUUUCUUUGGUCACGGAUUUUUUGUAAUAGGAUGUUUAGCGCCAAAAGUGCCUCUCUGGUUCCCAUAGCAUUUCUAAAACCAAAUAGGUAUCUUGGAGAUCUUAUUCGCAUUUGCGUCUAAUUUUGCUGUGAAGUAUUCGUAGGCUAAUGUGGCUCCUGAGGCUAAUUAAUCGAUAAAUACCAAACACAAUGAAUAUUUCCAAUAUUCUAUCCAAUUAUCCACCCAACAGUUUUUUACAUGUUAGAAAAAAUAAGUCAUAAAAUAAAAAAAGAUAUUUUAAUAAAAAAAAUACCAUGUAAAAAAUAUCCCCACAAAAUGACAGAAAAAAGAAGUUUUAACGAUGAUUAGAAUCGAAGAUAUCGCCAAAAAGGGGAACAGCAUGUUAAUUUUUUUUAUUAUAGUUGGAGGCUAGGGGUCUAAUUUUUUUUAGGGUGUACUUAAAGGAAAUCAAGGCAGAGGAUGAUUUUAAAAUUAAAUCCAAGACAUAAUGGUUAAAGAAAAUACCGAAAAAUAUAUAUAAAAUGAUUUUUCGUGAUUUUGAAAUGAUGCCCCGCCAAUAAAAAUUUUUAAAAAAUCAUGGAGAUAACUUGACACCCAAAAAAAAUAUUUUUUUCGGCGUUACGUUCGGUCGAUUUUUUUUAAACAAAUUUUAAAAAUUUAGAAAAUAAUUGAAUUUCGCGCCAAAAUUUUUGUAAAACCUUAGAAAAUAGGAAAUAAAAAAACCUUACAAAAUAGGAAAUAGAAGUUUCUACGAUGAGUAGAACCGAAAAUAUCGUCAAAAAAACGAAAAAUCACGUUUCAAUUUUUUAUGGAGUUAUGAGUGGGGAAAGGGGUUAAAAAUUUUUUGAUUGAAUACUUUUUAAUAACAAACAAUAUGGUGUUUUUAUUGUUGGAAUAUCGCUGGGGGCAUUUUUCACUAUCUUAACCGGCUAGAAUCCUUUACAGCUAAGUUUUUUUGUAAUCGUAAUUUUUGUAAAAACCUUCAUUUUUGAUAUUGCAUUUUAAACUUUCGAAUGUUAAAAAUACCCUUUAAAUAUGUUUGGCACAAUAUUUAACAUAAAUAGUACGGGUUUAUCGAAAAUCGAAAAAAAAAAUUAUUGGGCGAUGUCGGGAGCUCCCAUAAAGACAAUGGACCGUAAGUUAUAGUUAUUUAAAACAAAGUGUAAAUAUUGGAUGUAAAUAAAUUGAAUCACCUUUUGCAAUAAUUUGUUAUAAGAACAAAAGCAACGGUAAAAAUAUAUUUUAAUCCCAAACUAUUUUAGCAAAAUAAUGGGAUUUAUGUAAAUUUGUAAUAUCGAUUAAUAAUGAAAAGAAGUUCCUAGUAUCAGCUGCAGGAUAAUUGUCACAAACUUACUAAAACUAAAAUCAAAUUUUAAUAAAUAAAUCUUUCAUUUUGGUAAUUAAUAAAAUAAUAAUAUUAACAUAAUGACAAGAUUUUAUUGGUUCCAUGUUGUGUACAAUGAAUGUGCUACAUAAUAAUAAUUUAAGGAUCUAAUGACCUAUGUAAAUAUUUAAACUGCUUUAUAAAAAUACGUUUCAAUUUUAAGCUUUUUUCAGAAUAUCUAGUUUAGUUCUAGUUUAUUCUUUUCUUCUUUAAAAUUUCCAUAUCAAAUAUUUCCGAAUCAUAGCCCAGUUAGUUGCCACCCUAAUUGCCACAAAUCUUUCUUUUUUUUUUCUAUCAUAUUAUCGAUAACUCAUCGCCAUAUCGAAAACGUGGAGAUCAUCUCUUCUUGAUGUAUGUAACAAAAGAGGAGCAGACAUUGCAAGUGGCCAUCAUCAACUUCAAUAAAAUGAGAAAAGUACUUUGUGCAAGAGAACUGAAAUUAGGCUUGAGAGUUCGGCUGGCAAGGUUUUAUAUUUUCCCGACUCUGCUUUACGGGAUAGAAGCAUGGACACUUAACGCGUCGACUACUAAAUUGGAAGCAUUUGAACUGAGGGUGUAUAGAAGAAUCCCGAAGAUACCAUAGACCGAGCAUGUAACAAACAGCGAAGUCAUGAGAAGAGUGAUCAAAAGAAUUGAAAUAUUGAAAGCCAUCAAGAAACGAAAGCUGCAAUACCUGGGGCAUGUUAUGCGUAAUGAGAAAGACAACAUACUUCAAUUAAUUAUACGAAGGAAAAUCCAGGGCAAGAGAAGUGUAGAAAGGAGAAGAAUCUCAUGGUUGCGUAACAUGAGUGAAUGGUAUGGAUGCACAUCAACCGAACUAUUCAGAGCAGCAGCAUCUAUGAAUAGCCAUUAUGAUUGCCAACCUUCGUCGCGGAGAUGGCACGUAAAGAAGAAGAUCAUCUUCUAAUCGGAACCAUUAAAAUCAAGAUGGUAAGAAACAAAAUUGCGCGAAACACCAACAGGCUAAGGGGUAUUACGUAACACCAUUUUUGAAGAUUUUUGACCCCCCUUCCCCCUAUGUAACGCACCGUAAUGGGACUUUUAACUAUUACGUAACGCAAUUUUUGAAAAAAUUUGACUUCCCCUCCCCCCAACCUGCGUUACGUAAUACUUGAACUAAGAUACAAUUUAGAUGACAUAAAAACGCUCAGAGGAAGACACAUAUUUCAAAUUAACACAAGAGAUCGCGAGAUGAAUAGCUCGGAAGCUCUGGCAGAUAUUUUGACAGAGCUGAGGAAAAAUUAGGUAAAAAAGAAAGAGAAAAUAAUAGAUGAAACGUGGAAUCUUACCAUCUUACCAAUGAAAGGAAGGAGCAAAAAGAGACGAGGGAAUUACUUACAACAACAGAUGGCCAGAUAGAGAGAUCGAGAGAGUAAUCCCAGGAUGUGCCACGACCGGAGAUAACGUCGAUGAAAUUGUCAAUCGAAGAAUGUAUAUUUGCAUAUAGCUUGCGAAGCAGUCUCCAAAAUGAACAUAAGGUAAGGUCGCCAAUUAAGGCCACCUUAACGUUUAAAUAUCUGUAAUAUUUUAUUCAGGAACAAUAUGGGGGAAAACUCUUGUAUACGUAUUGCCUAACAUUUUAGCUAUCGAAUUUCAGGAUAAAAUACUUACUAAAUAAAUAAAGAAAUAUAAAAUUUUAACAUUGAACAAAUCUGGAAUAUUUGGCCUUAUUAGGAACUAGUAGCUUAAUAAGGCCAGUUUCAUUUUUUACGCAAAUUGAGGUGGAUAAUAAAUUUUAAACCUAAGAAUUAAAGAACAAAUACAAAAUUUAGUGAAAGAAACUUUUAUUCAUAUUAAAAACAAAAAUUUGUCAAUACAUUAAGCACACAUAUCGCACAUUUACAGACAUCUAGGACAAUUGGCUUUAUUAGGACACUGUCUACUUUUUUUAUUUAACAUAAAAAAAAUAAUAAAAAGCAAUAUAGAGAAAAAACAGUUCCAGGUCCUUAAAAAGUAUUAAUUUACUAUCGCUUUACAAAGAAAAAAUAAUUGGCUUAUAUUCAUUAAGUACCAUUUUAGUAAUUUUAUAAUUUACCUAAAAUUUAUAAACGAACUUCCGCAUCGUAACAAACACGUGACUAGUCUACUUGGCGCUGCUAUGUGAUACUACCGACUGAAUGGCUUAGACGAUUUUUACCGAGAAAGACAUUUACGGUGACCUCUAAUAUAUAAUAUCUAUAUUUAAGAAAAUAUUUGCAAUUGGCCUAAUUAAGACACUGGCCUUAUUUGGCGACACUACCUUAGUAACAGCUAUCAAAUCGCUAGAAAACAAUAAGUCACCGGCAACCAACAACAUUGCUACUGAAUUUCGAAAAACCGAUCUGCUUCUAACUACUGAAUUUGUGCACCCCAUAAUGAAAGAAGUGUGGCAAACAAACUGCAUUCCAGCAAAAUCUGAAAAAAAGGUUGCAAAGAAACAGUACAUGAAUAACCUUAAAUAGGUACCGUUAUAAAUAAAAUUCUCACGAUCAUUAUACUCAAAAGGUUAAAGUUGAAUUCGAGCCCAUCAAGCGGGCUUAAGACCAGAAUACUCUUGAAUAGGCCACACUAAUACUGUGAAACUGAUAAUGAAACAAUCGGUCAAAUGAAAUACACCCUUCUACUUGAUUUUGGUCGAUUUUGAGCGUGCCUCUGACAGCUUAUCACAUCCUAUGUGGAAAAUUUUGGAGCUAAAAAAUAUUCCACAGAAAAUAAUCUUGGAUGACACAAUGAGAUCAAUAGUAAUAUAUUUGACAUACUUUUUGGAAUAAGACACGGUUGUGUGCUUUCUCCGUGUCUUUUCAGUAUAGCUGUGGACUACGUUCUCUACAGACCAGACUUCGACAAAAGAAGCAUACAAUAGACGUUAAAUACCAGCCCAAGCGAUCUAGAAUAUGCUGAUGAUAUCGGCAUCUUAUGACAAAGGUUUUAAGAUGUGGCUGACCAAUUGACAGCACUUUCCGCUGAAGCCAAUAAAAUAGGUUUAAAAAUGCAAGCCAUGGGAAUUAAUGCAAGAGAUAACAGUAUUUUCUAUUGAAAACUAGGAGAUUUAAAAUGUAAACAAUUUUACAUGGGUACCUACCUACCUUGGAAGUGUCAUAAUAAAAACCGGCAUCAAGGAAGACGAUGUUGUGUGAGAAUACAACAAGCGCAGCAAGCAUUCAGCGUUCUCGGCCCCAUUUGGAGGUUUGGCCAGUAUACUACAAAGACAAGGAUACGAAUAUUCAAGUCGAAUGUUUCUUCCACUCUACGGACGUGAAACUUGGAAAGUGACAAAAACCCUGCAAUAGAUAAACUGUAGAUCUGUGUUAACAAAUGCCUACGAUGAAUUGUUCGUACUUUUUGGCCGUCACCGUCAGAAACGAAGAUCUACCAGACCUGACCGUACAGAGGAUAGAGAAUGAAAUAAAGUACAGACAUUGAAGAUGAUCGGUCACGUAAAAAUACUGCCCUUGAUUGGAAUCCACAAGAAAAAAGAAAAAUCAAAUGCCCAGCACAAACUUUAAAAAGAUCAACUUUAUGGACGAUGUCAAGGAAAGUCUUGGAACGAGGUAUAGGUCUUAGCGCAAAAUAGAACUCACCAGGAUGGCAUGUUUUCACCAAAGCGCUCUUUGAACUUACAGAUCCGUUUUAAACCAAAUACGUUUAUUUUGAUAAAAAAUUACAAAAAUGUCCCUCAUUAAUGUAUCGAUUCGAUAAAACUCUUGCAGCUGCCUCUAAGACUUCUAAAACAAUUUUUACGAACUUGUAGAUACUUACAUUAUUUUAAAUAUUUUUCGACAGAUCUCACCCCAUUUGUAAAACUUUUUAACUCAAUAGGUUGGUCUACCUAUACUGUAUGAUAGCAAUAACUGCAUGUUCUUUCUUACCAUAUUCAACAAAUAAUACUAAAUGUACAAAAUGUAUUGAACUUGUAUACUGGGUUUUCGAAGGGUUGUGAAAAUAAUCGGACAUAUUAUACAAUGGGUUGCAAACCCUUAAUACGUCAACAAAGAACUUAACCUUAGCACGCAAAAAGACAGUAUUCUGACCACAGAAUAGAAAACAAUUGGUAUUUGUUUUGUGUUUCUGACUUUCUAUUUAAGCAGGGCUGUUACCAAAGAAUAUAUACUAUCAUAGAAGAAGAGUUUGAAUGGAACAGAUGGUCACGUUUAUUUGUCCCUUGAAAAUACCGUAGUCAUUGUCUGGCCACAUGCACCAACUCAGUUGGUGCACCAAAUCCUAUGCUGAAACGUUACAGGGCAGUACCCUUCUAUUAGGUCUAUAUUCUUUGCUGUUACUUUACUACUAGGUCUUUCAGUAUGUUUUCGUCUUUCAAACAUCCAUCCAUCAAACUUGACUGGUGUUUUGGGGCGGUACCUUCUCCUCCUUCUUAAAGUGCCCUCUCAUCAAUGGAUGUUGACUACUACAAUUGGAAUAUAUUCUCUGUCUUGAGCUGUUCUUAUUAGGCUGUUCAAAAUUUAGCCCUGUCCAUUGUUGGAAGUUUCUUAGUCACGAAAGUGGUUUCCUUUCUAGUCCUUGCUUUCCCUCGAUCUUUAGUUUCACUAUAAGUUGAGCAUAUUGGUAACUACUUAUUAUUUCUCAGUAUGUGGCCUAGGUAAUGUUUUUCUAACUUUCACUAUGUUAAAAAGUUCUCUUUCCAUGCCCAUUCUAUGCAGCACUUCUUCGUUUUAGGUAUGCGAUGUCCAUCAAAUUUUCAAGAUUCUUCGGUAGAUCCACAUUUCAAAGGCCUUCAAUUUAUUUACGGUUGAUGUUUUAAGGGUUCAUGUCUCAACUGCAUUGAGAAUAGUCGACCAGACGUAGCAUUUUAAUAAACGUAGUCGAAAUUCGAGUUUUAUUUGAGAAUCACAAAGCAGUUUUUUGAUUUUUUCGAAAGAUUUUCUGGUUUGUUCUAUUUUAGAUCUUAUUUCUAGAUCACGAUUUAGGCUGCUAUCGAUCAAACAUCUCAGGUAAUUAAAUAUAUUGACCUGUUCUAAAAUGUGCUCAUAUAUUGUGCAAGGUUGAGUUAUUUGGUUUUUUCGGAUUAACAUCACUUUGGUUUGUUUAAUGAUUAUUUUCAUACCAAAUUGCUCAUAGGUCGAGUUGGUCUUGUCGAUGAGUGGUUGUAGAGCCAAGUCGGAAUCCGCAAUCAACACCGUAUCAUCGGCGUAUCUGAUGCUGUUGAUAUAAUUUACGCCAUCCACCUUGACUCCAUCCUUGGAAUACUCCAACGCCUCUUUAAAUAGAAACUCGGAGUAAAGACUAAAGAGCAGGGGUGACAGAACACAUCCUUGUCUAAAUCCUCUACUAAUUUCUACUUCUGGGGAUGUGGAACCGUCGAUCCUAACUCUGGCGUUUUGGUUCCAGUACAAGUUCUUUAGUAUUGAUGUCUUUUCCAUCUAAACCGACUUCUUACAAACGUUUUAAUAGUGGGGUGGCACCUACUCUUGUUUAAAAUAGUAUAAUAUUUAUUAUCUUAAAAAUAACGAAUUUUGGGUUAUACUCAGUAACAAAGAUAUAAUUUUGAUAUAUUAAUAAAAUCAAUAUUUUCCGUGUUGGAUUUUCUAGUAUUGUUAACUAUACGCCCAGUAAACAAUCCAGUAAAUGUAUUUGGACCAUUCUUCUUCCUGCUAUGCCGGAGGUCCUUUAAUCAAGAUGUUCUUCUUCUUGGACCCCGCUUUCCAAAUAAUUUUUCUUGCAGGGUGGCUUGUAGGAGGGCAUAUCUGGAUUCAUUUCGCAUAAUGUGUCUGGAGUGCUGUAACUUUGAUGGUGAUCAAUAAUCAAUAUAUCUUAGUUUUCUCUUUCUUUUGAGGAUCUCGUUAUUCGUGAAUCGGCUAGUCUACGGAAUCUUAAGUAAUCUUCGAUACAGCCACAUCUGAAGUGCUUCCAAUCUUCUACACAUAUCUCCGUUCAAGGCAAUACCAUAGAUAAAUAAGGCCAGAGGAAAAGUAACAUUGCAGCAUUCUCACUUACAUAUACCAAGAGAAAGGUUGUGGCUUUUGAACAAGGCCCCCAUCCAGUUAAAGGUGGAUUUAGCUUUUCCGAUGCACGCUAUUAUCUCUUAGGCUACGGCUCCACGGGCGAGAAAUUGACGCUAGCAGUAGCCGUAAAACAAACUUAAGGUUCCGCGGAACGGAAUAGGAAUAGCCGAACUGAAGCGACUACGCACAAGUCCUGUAGUCGGUGUCGGUACAGUUCGGCUAUUCCUAUUUCGUUCCGCGGAACCCUAAGUUCGUUUUACGGCUACUGCUAGCGUCAAUUUCUCGCCCGUGGAGCCGUAGCCUUAGUUACUCUUUCUAUUGCGUUACUAGUGCGCCAUUCUUUCUACUGGGGUUUUUUUGACGUACAUUUGACCUGUUAUCAUGAGCUUUGUCUUCUUUACGUUUAUAUUGAGUCCAUAUUGUUGACGUAAUACGUGAUUUUGUUCAUAAGAUCAUUUAGAACAUACAUCACUAUUAUUAUAAUGUUACUUAUAAAAUCAUUUUUCUUCUUUUUGUAUUUCCAUGUAGAGGGUGUGCGAAGAUUUCUUUCUUGACAUUGUUUCUAUGAAGGUUAAAUUUUCUUUAAGCUAGGUUUUAUCUGAUCUUUUUUUAUUAGCAUGAACACAAACAUAUUGUAACGUGACUAGUGUAAUUACUUCUAAUUACAAUAAAACCAGCGGUUCGUAAUUUAUAUACGACUUUAUUUUUUAUUUAUACAAGUUUACUUUACAAACUUUAGCUUAAGACUAAACUCUACAACAGCGCGCUCCGCUUAAAUAGCCAAUAGGUCCUGUUCUCGAAAUGUCUACAUAUCCCUCGGCCUAAUGAAUAUUCUGGAGAUCUUCACUCACAGCGCCGUCGCUUCUGUGACGUCACGGCUACUGUUAUUCCGACGGUUGGAAUUCUCCCAAGCCGGGGACUGUUUAUUGCGCCGAUUCGAAACUCUUUCGUUACACUGCUCCCCUCUUAAGAUCUGAGCGUCCCGAUCAGCAACUCUAGAUGAAGGCUCAGGAUGGCGGAAUCUACACGACUCUCCAGCUUUGCAUACACCCUUCAAGAAGAAAUAACAGUCUACUGUCUUUGAAGGAUCCGACAUCUUCGGGUUCAUGCAACACACAGUAAUUCGUACGCCAGUUUCUCUGAAGACCACCUCAAGCAUGCUUCUCACAAUCUUCCAAUCCAGAUUUUCUACUGCAUGGCCUAUUUUUGGUAAAGCCAAAUCUUUGAUGUCAUAAUUACACACGAUUUUCUUCAAAUUAGUUAGAGCACGCCAUAUGUUCUCGUAGCUUGGCGUGUCCGUAUAAGACUUCCUGGUCACCAUAUACAGCAAAGAUCGAGGACCAUCUUCCAA